GUCUCGAAAUUGUUUCCUCUAGAUUUUUCUCUUUACAAAAUGCCAAAGAGGCGGAAGACAGUCGACGAAGAUGAGGCGCAAGUUGAUCAAGGAGAAGAGGAACUUGCACCCAAGAAGAGUCGUUCUAGUCUAGGGAAAUCCGAAAAUGGUACUCCGAUAAAGACCAAUUCUUCGAAAAGACGCUCUCUACAUAGCCAGAUCGUAGCAGAUGAAGACGAAGCCUCUGAGUCUAGAGAAGACAUCGAAGCCGCCGAGGAGACGAAUGAUCUCUCAGAGGGCGAUGAGCUCGCAGAGGAAGAAGUUCAGGUCACACCCAGCAAUCAUACUACUAGCCCGCAUCGACGGAACGGAAACCAUCCAAUUUCAAGGACGCCCUCGAAAGGCUUGCUUAACAAGAAGCUAUUCUCGACUCCAACGAAGAAUACGGAUACAACGGAUGUCAAUGAUACUCCACGUAUCACAAGAAACGCCGACCGAUCUGCCAGGAAGAAGAGUACGAGAAAUCUAAUCGAGAGGACAAUUCUGGGUAAUACUAGUGAGAAUGAUGAGGAAGAAGAUGAAUUGGCAGGACAUAUAUAUGGCUCAGAUGAUGAGGACGAUCUUGGAGAAGACGCAGACGGGUUACCCGAUGACUCCAAUGCUCCUGCUACUCCAUCGAAACGUGGAAGGGCCAAAGGUUCUAAGAAUCGACGCCGCUCACCCACACCACCUGAAAAUCUAGCACCCCACGAGAAGUACUUCAUCCACAAUCGAGGUGGUCGCGCCAAAACCUCCAAUAAUAAUUUGUCCUCUCUAGCAUUACUCGACCAUGAAGAGUAUUUCGGCCUUGCCCGCGAUAUGAAAGAUUCACAUGCAGAUAGGAUCAAGUUUCUUGAAGAAUUACAUGCAGAAGAUUUCAAACAAUGGCAAUUUGAGUUGAGCCAAAACUUCAAUAUCUGUGUAUAUGGCUGGGGAUCUAAAAAGUCUCUACUCAUGCAAUUUGCAGACCGCACUUACAACUCUCAGGCGGAUCAUUCCAAGUCAAAAAUAAUAGUUGUCAAUGGCUAUGUCCACAAUCUUACUGUCAAGGAUGUCCUCAAUACGGUUGCACUAGCAGUAGCUGAGCGCGGUACCAAGCUUGGCGCUCAACCAGCAGAGAUGCUCGAAAAUCUUAUUGCACUACUUGAAGAUGACAAAGAUCAACGAAUCACUUUGAUCAUACAUUCAAUUGAUCGUCCACCACUUCGAAAAUCUGCAACUCAGACAGUACUUUCACGUCUAAGCGCUCAUCCCCAAGUCCAAAUGGUAGCCUCCGCGGACCAUCCUUCCUUUCCUCUGCUAUGGGACAGCUCUCUCCGGUCCACGUACAAUUUCCUCUUUCAUGAUUGUACAACGUUCAAACCUUACACGAACGAGAUUGAUGUCGUCGAUGAGGUUCACGAGCUUCUCGGAAGGAGUGGACGACGAGUCGGUGGAAAGGAGGGAGUAAGCUUCGUUCUUAAGAGCUUACCAGAAAAUGCAAAGAACCUCUUUAGAGUUUUGAUCGGGGAGCAGCUGGCAGCUAUGGAAGGUGGCUCUGGGGCUGCUGCCGAUGGUGACGAAGACGACGAUUAUGAGAAACAACCGACCAAAUUUAGGAACAAUGAUGCCGGUGUCGAAUAUCGGGUUCUGUACAAGAAAGUGGUUGAGGAAUUCAUUUGCAGCAACGACAUGGCUUUCAGGACGUUGCUCAAGGAAUUUCACGACCAUCAAAUGAUACAGAGUAGAAAGGACGCACUAGGCACAGAGAUGCUUUGGGUCCCAUUUCGAAAGGAGGAGUUGGAGACUAUUUUGGAGGAUAUCAUGUCCUAAGUGGCUGAUGGAAUUCUCCUGGUGCAUUGUAAAAAUGUUUUAUUUUUCAUGAGCGAGGCGCUGGAGGCUGCGUAGGCAUCUAGGCAUUUCCGACACAUAGAUAUCGAUGACUUUAGAACUACACACGGACACAG